CCUCCCCUCAGGCGUCGGCGCGGCUGGUGGCGGCUCUCCCCGCUCGCCCGCAGCUCUCCCUCCUCGUCGGCAGUGCAGGAGGGCACCACUACCGGUCCUGGAAGCUCCCUGCCCCGCCGUGCCAGGGCUUCCAGGCGGGGCGGGGGGCCGGCGCAGCCUCGACGGCCGCAGGAAGGGGAGGGAGGCGACCGCCGCCAUCAUGCGUGCGCUGCCGGGGCUGGGGCGGCUGCUGCUGGCGGCGCGGGGGUGGGGGCGGCCGCCGCGCCGCUGCCUCAGCGCCAUGGCCCGCUACGGCACGGAGCAGCGGGGGCGGCCCAACUCUCCCGAUUACCGCCUCUACUUUAAGAAUGCAGAUGGUAAAUAUAUUUCCCCAUUUCAUGACAUUCCGCUUUUUGCUGGAGCUAAAGAGGAUAAAGAGAUUCCUGCAAAGAGGUCAAAAACUACAGCAAACGAGGUCCUGUUUAAUAUGAUCGUGGAAGUGCCUCGUUGGACGAACGCAAAAAUGGAGAUUGCCACCGAGGAGCCGUUGAAUCCCAUUAAACAAGAUACAAAGAAAGGCAAGCUCCGAUAUGUGGCAAAUAUCUUUCCUCACAAGGGUUAUAUAUGGAAUUAUGGUGCCCUCCCUCAGACCUGGGAAGAUCCACACCAUAAAGAUGACAUUACUGGAUGCUGUGGGGAUAAUGAUCCUAUUGAUGUUUGUGAGAUCGGUUCAAAGGUUCGUUCUUCUGGUGAGAUUGUUAAAGUGAAGGUGUUGGGUGUUUUAGCUCUGGUUGAUGAAGGAGAGACAGAUUGGAAGAUAAUUGCCAUCGGUGUGGAUGACCCGGAAGCCCAGAAUAUCCACGAUAUUGAUGAUGUCAGGAAGCACAAGCCGGGUUACCUUGAGGCUACGAUCGAGUGGUUCCGGUUAUAUAAAGUUCCUGAUGGUAAACCAGAAAAUCGGUUUGCUUUUAAUGGAGAAUUUAAAAGCAAGGAUUUUGCUGUUGAAAUUAUUAAAUCCACUCAUGAAUACUGGAAAGCUUUGCUUCAUAAAAAAACUGAUGGAGGUACUAUUAAAUGCACGAAUGUUCUGGUGAAUGGCAGCCCAUUUUGUUGCAGUGAGGAGGAUGCCCGAUCAAUUGUGCAGUCGGCACCAGUGCCUGUGAAUGGAGAUCCUGUUUCCCCAGAAGGGAUGGUUCAGUCAGUGUUGAAACUUGUUGCAAAGUUGUUUCAGCAGACUCUUAAAGUUACUGUGAGGACAUGCUUUCCAUAGGCUGGGGAGAGAGCUCACCCAGAAGUAUUGUUAGGAGGGGAGAUGGUUGAAAGGGCAGUAUGUUGCUUGUUGAAGAGCGUGACUGGCUAGUUGUACAGAAUUAAUGUCAUCUCGAUGUGUAUUUUUUGUUUUAGUUGAUUCCUGGUACUUUUUCCCCAAGUGAUCAUUGAAGUGUUCUGAAGCUGCAUCUCCAAAUCUUAAGUCAUCCCGUUUUUGAAGACAGGCAAAUGCACUAAUUGUUGGUUGAAACAACUUUUCAAAUUGUGUAAACCUUUUCUCAUGUAAAUAAACAUUGACAUUAUAAA